UCUUAUCUGUGUUGGGUCCCAAACAAAACUCAAAGUCAAACACUCUCAAACUAAAAUAUAUCCUCCUUUGGCCCAAAACCCCACGUCUUCUCUCUAUUACCAUUACUAUGUUUCUCUUCUUUAUUUGUUAAUUAUCACCAUAUAAGAAUCAUCACCUCUCUUCCGUUAAUGCUAAUACUGUCUUUUAUCUUUCUUUGCUUUUCCUUUUAGCAACCAUUUGAAUCAUUAAAAACACAUUACUGUUACGAAACCGACUGUUCCAUUUUGCUGAUGAGAAUCAUCGCUUGAUCUCCAAACUAUGAUAAACUACACCUCUUUUUUUCUCCGACUCAAUCAUGGGUUACUGGUCGUUAAGUUACUCUUCAUUCUUUAUACGUCACCGUUUACUUCAGCCCAGCAAGAAAGUACUACUCCUCCUACGCUUGAGCCGCUUGCUCCGGCCCCAAGUUUUAACCCUUCUCUUGCAAUACUUAUGGUUAUUAUCGUUAGUGCUUUCUUUGUAAUGGGGUUUUUCUCCGUUUAUAUUCGCCAGUGUGCUGACCGGAGAUAUCGCCGAGGAAGCAACUUCAACCCUUCGGCCUCCCCUAUUGGAGGCGGAGGACGGUGGUCCCGGAGAAGGCAGCAGGGACUUGACCCGGAAGUUAUCAAUACGUUUCCUACGUUUCUUUAUUCCACGGUCAAAGGCCAUAAAAUCGGCAAGGAGUCGCUCGAGUGUGCUGUUUGUUUAAAUGAGUUCGAAGAUGAUCAGACGCUGCGUUUAAUCCCCAAGUGCAGCCAUGUUUUUCAUCCCGAUUGCAUCGAUGCAUGGCUCGCUUCUAAUACUACUUGUCCGGUUUGUCGUGCUAAUUUGGUACCUAAACCAGGUGAUUUGGCUUUUGAUUCGGUUAGUUUCUUUGAACCGAACAACACCAACAACACCUCGGUUGAACCAGACCAACUCCAAGAACGGCCCAAUGAUGAGACACAAAACGGCGUUCUAAUUCGCGUUUCUGAUGAUCACGAUAGAAGUAGACCAGAGGUGCAAAAUCAACAAUCUCCGGAUGUGAUAUCAUUAAGUACAGCCAGUCAGAAUCGGCCACCUCGAUCAUGGUCAACUGGGUGGCGGUUCGCUAGAUUAUUUCCAAGAUCACACUCGACCGGACAUUCUUUGGUUCAACCUGGUGAAAAUUUGGACCGGUUCACUCUAAGAUUACCUGAUGACGUGCGGAGUCAGUUACUGAACACUCACUUGAACCGUGCAAAGAGCUGCGUGGCAUUUCCUAGAGCUUCGAGUUCCAAAAAAGGAUACAGAAGUAGGAGUGGAGGAGGUUGGCGCGGUAGAAACUUUUAUUUCUAUGAACGGUUCGACGAAGAAGUCCGACCCGAACAUUCAGGUUUAACAUUGACUCCGCCUUUUAUUUCUAGAACUGGUUCCAUUCAGUCUUCGAAAGGAGUAGGUAGCAACGAUGAGGCGAAUGCUACUCCGCCAAAAAAUUUCUUGAAAUCUAUAAAAUCUCCAUUUGAUCAGUUAUUUCUCAAUGCGGAUAAAAACCACAGUAAAAACGACGUGGGUGAACGGUCGUCUGACCAGCUAAGGCCUCAUCCUGACGUAUCAUAUAGUCAAGUUUAGGGGCUUGGCGGCUUUGAUAUUUGGGAGUUUUUUUCUUACCAAUUGUGUACAUAUAUUCUGUUUUUUAAUUAUUGUUUUUGUGAAUCAACAGAUUCUUAAUUUGGAUCUUGACUCUUUCUUUACAAAAAUUAGCAGGCCUAAUUUCUAUUUUCUAUUAUGUAAUUGGUUAUACAAAGUGGUUUAAUGAAGAUGGUGGAUAAGUACUAAGUAGGAACGUGCUAGCAUUAACUAGUCCAGUUUUUCUUCACGACUAAUUAUCUUUUCUGUGAAACACGUUCUUCUAGCUUUAUUUAGUUAGUGGUUUUCGAAUCAUCAGUAACAUAUAUAUCCAGCUAUGGAGUCUGGAACCCUAUGCCCCUGAAAGACGAGGGCUUCGUGUCCUAAGGCCAUUUUUUAGCUAAAGAAUGAGCAACUGCAUUACCAAUUCUCCUACCAAGAGAAAAUGAAAUAGCAGCAGCAGCAGCAAGAGAGUUACAGUUACAGAAGAAAAGACAGCAGAUACCAUGAAUAAGGAGAUGAUGCGGUAAUGGACCUGACUCUGUCUUCCCAACCCAAUUCUACUUGAUGGCUUGAAGUUGCUUGUCUUUUACUUUUGCUCUCUUUGGGCCAAGAGGACACCCGACUGCACUAGUUCUGAGCCAGGGCCUGAUAUCGCGUUGCCUGUUUCUGUAACUAGCCUCUUAGCAGCUGCAAUGACAUUAUUUAUCUUAUUUCUAUUAGAUAUUGCAGGAUUAGUUCACAUAUUUUACGCAAUUAAAAUAACAACAAUGGCAUUCAUUCUGUGCUCACAGAAGAAUUCAAUUAUAGUAAAAUUCAGUUCAAUA